AUGGCAGAAGUCCAGUGUAGCUUGCUUGUAAUCAUUAUUGACACAAAUCCUGUUUGGUGGGGUCAACAUUUCCUGCAGGAUAACAGUCAGUGUGACUUUUUUGGGUGUCUUGACAGUAUACUUGUAUUUGCUAACUCUCAUUUAAUGAUGAAACAUGGCAACCAAUUGGCUAUCAUUGCUUCCCAUACAAACCAAAGCUACUUCCUUUAUCCCCAAGGCAAAAUAGAAGAACCUUGUGUGUCUGAUCCAAACUCUGAAACAACUGAUGAGAAUGGAACUCGUGCUUUAAGUGAUGGUCGUUAUGAAUUAUUUACGCAAGUUGAUGAACAAAUUACAACCCAAGUCAAAAGUUUGGUUCUUGGUAGUGAAGAAGGACAAUUGUAUUCUGACUGUGUUAUUGCAGGAUCUCUUGCUAUGGCUUUGUGUUUCAUUCACCGGAUGGAAAAACAAAUGCAUCUUGGAGAGAAAAUGUCCAGCAGAAUUUUAGUAAUUAAAGGUUCUGAAGACAAUCCUGCUCAGUAUAUGAAUUUCAUGAAUACAGUUUUUUCAGCUCAAAAGCAGAAUGUUGUUAUGGAUGGAUGCAUUUUGGGUAAAGACUCUGGCCUUUUGCAGCAGGCCUGUGAUAUUACUGGAGGAACUUAUUUAAAACUACCAACUGUAACAGGUUUACUGCAGUAUUUACUUUGCGUAUUUCUGCCUGAUCCUGAUGUGAGGCACAAGUUAACUCUUCCUGCAAGAGUUCAAGUGGAUUACCGAGCAGCUUGUUUCUGCCAUCGGAAUCUCAUUGACAUUGGUUAUGUGUGUUCAGUAUGUCUAUCAAUAUUUUGUUCCUUCAGUCCAAUUUGCUCAACCUGUCAAACCACCUUUAAAUUUUUAGGACCUCCUAAAAUUUUGAAGAAGAAAAUUAAAAAGACAAAUGUCUGA